UCAGCUGCGCAUGCGCACUAAGAAUGCCCCUGUAUGACGUGUGUGUGGCUAGUAUUUGAAACUCGUGUGCAUUUUCAACGUACAAGAAGAAAAGUCAUCUCUCCCUUUGUAUUCAGCCCAACAGAGUCUUGAGUCUCUAUAAGGAAAUCAAGAUGAGUCAGGAAAACGUUUCACCUGCUCGAGCUUCUCGAGUCCAAGAGAAGGAAGAGUUGGCCCACCUCAAUGACCGCUUUGUCCAAUACAUUGACCAGGUAAAAUCCAUGAAGGAGUUGAACCGCCGCUUAGAAAUGGAGCUCUGUAGCACCAAAGAGCAAUUAGGAACCGAGACAGCGGCUGUCAAAGAACUCUACGAAGGGGAGCUUGCCGAUGCUCGGAAUCUUAUUGACGAGACUGCCAAAGAAAAGGCUCGCCAGCAAAUUAAAGUUAGCAAGCACGAAACUCGCAUUGAGGAACUUGAAGCAGAGCUGAAGACUUGCAAGGAGGAACGUGACCGUUUUGAGACCCAGUUAACUGCCUCUGAGCGAAGUAACACCUCCCUAGAUGCCCAGCGCAAGUCUGCUCUCGCUGACAAAAACAGGCUCCAGAAGGAGGUGAAAAACCUUCAAGCUGAGUUGGCUGAGAUGCGUGAAGGCUAUGAGUCAUUGCAGGGUACUUUGGAGGUUGAAACUUUGAGCAAAGUAGACCUGCAAAAUAAAUGUCAAUCUCUUAGAGAGGAGCUCCUUUUCAACAAAAAACUCUAUGAAGAGGAGCUGUCUGGCCUUCGUAACAAGCUCUCCUGGUCUGUGUCCACGCCCGACACAGACUUCCAGGCCCAGUUGGACCACCGUCUGGAGAUAGCCAUCGAUGAGUUGAGGGAUAAGAGCGAGGCUGACAUUGCUGACUACAAGAUCCAGAUCGACUCUGCCUACAAGGACAAGAUCACAGCCCUUGAGAAUCAGUGUGCCCGUGACUCUGCCACCAUCUCUAAGCUAAGCAUGGAGAUCAAUAGGCUCACCUCCGGCCGAUCUGAUCAGGGCAGCGAAAUUGGCAAGCUGCAGAGAGCCAUUGAAAAGCUAGAGUGUGCUCUGCGUGACAAGGACGAUGAGCUGGGUCGUGUGUGUCGCCAGCACACCGAUGAUAUGUCACAGACGAUGGACGAGCUGCGUACCACUCGAGAGAGCUACGAGGUCAAAAUACGCGAGUACGAGCAACUCAUGGACCUCAAGGUCCAGCUGGACCAGGAGAUUGCCACCUACAGGGCACUACUGCAGGAGGAGGAGACCAGACUAAACCUGACCCCUACCCCCCGUGAGAAGCGCACCCGCACUCGCACCCAGACUGGGGGGGAGCCUGUCCCCAUCCCCAAGAAGAUGCGUCUGGAGACCCCCCACACCCAGGCCAAAAAGUCCUCAGUGAGCUCCAGCGCUGUCGGUCGUAUCCAUAUCACUGACGUGGACCCAGAGGGACGCUACGUCGAGAUCAAGAACAUGUCCGACGAGGUUGAGCCCAUCAAAGGAAUCAAGAUCCAGCAUGAAGUGGAGGGAAGAAGUGAGAUGAUUUUCCGUUUUUCUGCCAAGUCCAAGCUCCAAGGAGGGGCUACCGUUACCGUGUGGAGUGGUGAUGCGGACGGAGCAGUGCACAACCCUCCCAGCAACCUUAUCUGGAAGAACCAGUCCUGGGGCUCUGGACAAAAGACCGUCACCAAGCUCAUCAAGGGAUCAGAUACGAUUGCCCAGUUCAACCAGAGCAUUGAGAUCUCCCCAUGCAAGCCACAACAAGAACAUGACAGUGGCACCGGAUUUCUUGACUCUAGUACUCGCUCCUUUCCAAGCCUUCCCGACGAUGCUACCGAAAGGGAUGCUUCUGGUUCUGGUUCUGGUUCUGGUCGUGUUACCAUGACGACUCGCUACAGCUCAUCCACCAGCAGCAGCAGCCGUGGGGCCAGGGACCAGAGGGGCGGGGGAGAGCAUAUGUUUCAUCAGCAGGGAGACCCAGCUGCUGAGGAGAAGACCUGCGUCAUCUCUUGAAUCAGUCACAGGAAUGGCUGAGUUGGCAACAUAUAGGACUAAAAAAGGUUGAUAGGUUUUCUUUUUUGUUACUGUAGUGUAUCCAUAUUAACCCAUUUCACACCUUCUAAACUGUCAAGACUAGUUAUAAUUACAUGAACUUUAGAUUGCUUAGCAAAAUAUUACAUGUGUACACACUUACUUUGUUUCUUUUUGCUGUUUUCUGUACUUUGGUAUUCAACGCCAUUAAAUGAUAAAAGUGUUGUUUCAACAUAA